AUGUUCACCAAGGCUGAGAAGAGAGUGUCGGCGGCAUACGUUUCUGGACUCCCCACCCACGACAUCGAUGAUGAUAACAAAUACGCAAAAACCCCCAUGGGGUUUCAUGGCAAGGGACAGCCUAAAAGAAGGAUCCGUAAACGCCAUGCCGCGCUGGUGUUGUGUCUCUGCACGGCGAUGAUCAUGUUCUUAAAGUCCCACUCUGUCUCGGUUGGUUUCUCUUCCUCCUCCUCGUCGUCGUCGUCGUCGGCAGGACUUGUGCAGCAGAGUCGUCAGGAAGGCGGUGGAGUCAUGGCAGGGAUCAACAAACCACCCAAUCGUGCAGGCGUACCUGCCCCCGUCAUCCCCAACAACCCAGCACCAAUUCAGGUCCAGGAUAAUGGCAACGUCGUAGAUCCAGUAGCAGCAGCAGAGGCGGCGGCGGCAGCGGCGGCUAAGAAGAAAAAGAAGAAGGAGAAGAAGAAGGCCGCGAUCUCGUUGUUUGAGUUCCCGGGAGAUGAUGAGAAGCCGGCAAAGAAGAAGAAUAAUAAUAAGUCAAAGGCGCAGAAGGAUAAGAAGAAGAACGACAAGAAGAAACCCAACAACAACAACAAGCCCUCCACACCUAAGCCUGCUCCACCACCACCACCACCAGUACCCAAACCCGUCAUCCCUGUGGUCUCUGUCCCGCCUGUCGUCACCAAACCAAAGCAAGACUGGAGUAUACCUCAAGAGCAGGAUAAUAUUGGCGCCGGUGCUGGAGGAAUAGUUGCUGAGCCUCAGGCUGAUGGUGAAGGGGACCAAACUCUGAUGGAUGAUGAGGAUGGCGAGGAUUUGGUCGAUGAGGCGAUCCUACAACGCAACAACCGGCUACAUUCCGACACGACCCCAGGAGGAGCACGAACAGGACCAGUAUCACCACUACCACCCCAUGUGAACCCAGCAGUCUGGGAGGAGCGCAAGAACCGUGUCAAGGCCGCCUUCUUACAUUCAUGGAGCGCCUACAAGCGGGACGCCUGGGGUAAAGACGAGUACCACCCGAUCACCAAGUACGGUUCCAACAUGAUCCGCAAGGGCCAGGGCUUUACGAUUGUAGAUUCUUUGGACACUAUCUUGUUGAUGGGUUUGGAGGAAGAGUUCCAAGACGCCAAGGAUUGGGUUAGGAACGAACUCGAUUUUGAUCAAGAUGGAGAAGUCAACCUGUUUGAGACGACGAUCCGCGUCCUCGGAGGACUGCUGAGCGCCUAUGACCAGUCUGGAAAAGAUCCUCUCUUCCUCCGUAAGGCUGUCGAUCUGGCAGACAGGUUGAUGGGUGCGUUCGAGACACCCACAGGAAUCCCCUAUGCGAGCGUUCACUUGCGUGACCGACGUGGUGUUCCAGGCCAUGAUCGUGGAAUCAGUUCUACGGCCGAGGUGGCAUCGUUGCAGUUGGAGUUCAAGUACCUGUCUUACUUGACGGGCGAUGAGAGGUACUGGAAAGCUGCCGAGAAUGUGAUGCUCAAGAUCAAAGAAAUGGAUAGUCUAGAUGGCCUGGUGCCGAUUUACAUCAAUCCGAACACAGGACAGUUCCAGGGAGGAGAAAUUCGUCUUGGUUCCCGCGGUGACAGUUACUACGAGUACCUGAUCAAGCAGUAUCUGCAGACGGGAAAGAAGGAGCAUGUCUACAAGGACAUGUACGACGAAGCGAUCGGCGGUGUGAAAAAGCACCUUCUCGGUCGAACCAUCCCCAAUCACCUCCUCUUUGUCGGUGAGAUCUCCAAAUAUAACCCCAAGAACCUCACCCCCAAGAUGGACCACCUCGUCUGUUUCCUUGGAGGAACCCUCGCCCUCGGCUCCACUAGCGGACACCCUAUCGAUUCCUCGCAGCCGCGGUCUCAAUUCUCGCCCUUGCAGGAAUCGGAUUUCAAGAUGGGCGAAGAGUUGACGGAAUCGUGUUAUGAGAUGUAUCGUCAGACCGAGACUGGGUUGGCGGCCGAGAUUGUGCACUGGGUCCAGAAUGCGGACCAGGUCAAGGGCAAGACGGUGCAGCAGCAUGCUCCUGGGUCGGACUUUAUUAUCAAUGAUCGGGAUGGGCAUAACUGGUUGCGACCUGAGACUGUCGAAAGUUUGUUCUAUCUCUGGCGCCUUACUGGCGAUGACAAGUACCGUCAUUGGGGAUGGAACAUUUUCGAGGCAAUCGAAAAGUACAGCAAGGUCCCUACUGGAGGCUACAGCUCAAUCCACGACAUCCGCCAAGCGUCCAACAUCAAUUUUUCAGACAAGAUGGAGACCUUCUUCCUUGCCGAGACGCUCAAGUACUUUUACUUGCUGUUUGGAUCGGAUGAUGUGUUGCCAUUGGACAAGUAUGUCUUUAAUACUGAAGCGCAUCCUUUGCCGGUGUUUGUGCCGCCGACGAGGUUCUUGGCAAGGACUGCUCCUGGUAGUGAGGAGAGGAAUGGGGUUAUGGAUGAGGAUGUAGAUGUUGCCCCGGAGGAGGAGGAUGAAGCUGAGGUGGUUGGAGAGGAGGAGGAGGGGGAGAGUGAGGAGGAUAGAAAGUAUAGGGAGAUGCUUGCCAAGGAAGAUAACGAUUCCUCUGCGCGUGAUGAUGAGGAAGAAGGCGGUGCUGUUGGAGAGGAGGAAGGUGAGACGACUAUCCCUCAAGGGGAUGAGGAUGAUGAGGAAGUUGACCAGGUGGAUCAGGGGUUGGAGGAUUUGGCGGUCGAUGAUUCGGAGGAUGAUGGGGAGGGUGAGGAGGUUGCUGAAGUUGAGGUUGAUUAUGAGGAUGGUUCUGGCGCUGGUGAGGAAGAGGAGGAAGAGGAGGGAGAAGAAGGUGAGGAAGGUGAGGAAGGUGAGGAGGGAGAAGGUGAAGAAGAGGAGGAGGAGGAGGAGGAAGAAGAAGGUGAAGAAGGGGAGGAGGAGGAAGACGGUGAGGAGGCGGAGGAGGAAGAGGAAGAGGAGGAUAUGGAUGGUGAGGAUGAUGAGAUAGAACCGGGCGAUGCUGAUUUAGCCGAUGCACCUGAGGAGGCGGUCGAAGAAGACGAUGAGGAGGAACGCGAUAGCGACCGCGGUCUCCUGUAA